GCGGGGACUAGUGGGCGGGGCUCUGGCUCCACCUGUCCCCGGCACCCAAGGCGUCGGAGCGCAGAGCAGAAGCGCCUACUCAAGGCCUUGCGAAAUUGUCCGAGGUACCAGUCCCGGUGCGCUGAUGGAGAUAUCCGCUGGUCGGCUGCUGCGCGGCAGCGCGCUGCUAAGAACAAACUUCCCAACUUGCCUGUCUUCAUGGAAAAAUCCUCCUCGUGUCCUGAAAUCCUCCCAGCCAGCUCCACUCAAAACAACAAAUAAUGGCCUGUCUUACAGCCCCCUGCAAACAUUUACAGAUGAGGAGAUGAUGAUAAAGAACACAGUUAAAAAAUUUGCCCAGGAACAAAUUGCUCCUUUGGUUUCAAAAAUGGAUGAAAAUUCAAAAAUGGAAAAAUCAGUCAUAGAAGGAUUAUUUCAACAAGGGUUGAUGGGUAUUGAAACUGAACCAAAAUAUGGAGGAACAGGAGCUUCAUUUUUUUCCUCUGUCCUGGUGAUAGAGGAAUUAGCCAAGGUUGAUGCAUCUGUGGCUCUGGUAUGUGACCUCCAGAACACAAUAAUUAACUAUCUGAUUGGGAGCUUUGGAACAGAAGCACAGAAGGCUACCUAUUUGACUAAGCUAGCUACGGAACAAUUAGGAAGUUUCUGCCUCUCGGAGCCUUCAGCAGGUAGCGAUUCAUUCUCUUUGAAGACCAGAGCUGACAAAGAUGGAGAUUAUUAUGUCAUCAACGGCUCAAAGAUGUGGAUCACCAGUGCUGAGGAUGCUGGGCUCUUCCUGGUGAUGGCAAAUGUAGACCCUGCCCUUGGGUAUAAAGGAAUUACCUGCUUCUUGGUAGAUCGUGAUACCGAGGGCCUCCGUGUAGGGAAACCGGAGAACAAAUUGGGAAUCAGAGCUUCUUCUACCUGCCCGGUAACAUUUGAAAAUGCCAAGGUUCCAGAAGCCAAUAUCGUGGGACAGAUUGGACAUGGCUAUAAGUACGCCAUACAGAGUCUUAAUAAAGGUAGAAUAGGAAUUGCGGCACAGAUGCUGGGACUGGCUCAAGGAUGUUUUGACCUCACUAUUCCAUACCUUAAAGAAAGGGUACAAUUUGGAAAGAGAAUAUUCGAUUUUCAGGGGCUCCAACACCAAGUGGCUCAUACGGCCACCCAGCUAGAAGCUGCGAGACUGCUCACAUACAACGCUGCUAGACUUCUAGAAGCUGGAAGGCCAUUCAUUAAGGAAGCAUCUAUGGCCAAAUACUAUGCAUCAGAGGCUGCAAUCCAAACAACUAAUAAGUGUAUUGAGUGGAUGGGAGCAGUAGGCUACACCAAAGAUUAUCCUAUGGAAAAGUAUUUCCGAGACGCGAAGAUUGGUACAAUAUAUGAAGGAACGUCCAACAUACAGCUGAACACCAUCGCAAAGAAUGUCAGUAAGGAAUACUGACAGCCUCAGGAGUAGAAACCCUCCUGGUGUCACUGGUGUGAAGUUUUCACUCUUGUGCCUUGUUGGGGGCCAUAAAGCCCCAUCUCAUUUUCAUCGAAUGAUUUUAUUCAGGCCCUUAAAUCUUGGAUUUCAAGGUAGACCUUUUCUGUUUUCUCUUUCCAAUCCACUUAAGUUAGGUACAGAAAAUUAUUUUUAAAAUUUGGGAAGUGGAAUUCUCUGGCAGCUCAGCAGGUUAAGGAUCUCGCAUUGUCACUGCUGUGGCUCAGGUCAUUGCUGUGACGUGGGUUUGAUCCCUGGCCCAGGAACUUCCUCAUGCUGGAGGUGCAGUCUAAAACAAACAAAAUUAAAUUUUAAAAAUAAAAUAGAAUAAAAUUUGAGAAGAAAUGCA